AUGCCGAACACGAGCUUGAAGCGAAGACGGACAGAAGACCGCAUGCGCGGGAAAGUGCCGAAAAAGGACAAGCCCAAGAUCAAGCGCCAGAAAUUCUAUCACAGCUCCAGCGAGGACGAAUCCGACGAUGAGGGCGCUGCACGAGAUGCGCCGCGAGAAGUGAAGAAGCUGAAGGAACCAACUCCUGAGUUUGAGCCGGAGGCAGGCUCUGCAAAUGCCCUUCCAAUCAAGGAGAGGACUGCACCUGCACCUGCACCUGCAGCCAAGAAAUCAGCAUUGAAGAAGACGGCGCAGCCAGCACCGUUGGAAGCCGGUGAUGACUUCGACGAUGUGGCCUCCAGCGACGACGCCGAAGACUCUGAGCCGGAAGAUCGUGAACUAGCGAUUGACUCCGAUGCCGACGACUCAGACGCUUCAGACGACACAUCGAUAUCAGAGGUGUCGACCAACAAUCCUGCGCGCAAAGUGCGGAAACGAAACGACCCCGAAGCCUUCGCGACAUCCAUCUCCAAGAUCCUCAAUACAAAACUCACAUCACAAAAGCGGUCCGAGCCUAUUCUUUCGCGGUCAAAGUCCGCGCAAGAAGCAAACAGGACGCUGUCCGACCAGAAGUUGACGCAUGCAGCGAACAAGAAACUGCUAGCGGAGAAGAAAGCUGCGCAAGAGAAGGGCCGUGUGAAGGAUGUGCUGGGUUUGAAUGACCCGAGCGUCAGUACGGCGGCGACGACGGCGAAGGAAAAGGAGCUUCGCAGGACGGCGCAGAAGGGUGUUAUCAAGCUUUUUAACGCGGUGCGCGCGGCUCAAGUCAAGGGUGAGCAGGCGGAGAGAGAGGCGCGCGAGAAGGGAGUGGUUGGCUUGGGCAAGCGCGAAGAGCAGGUGAAAGAGUUGAGUAAGCAAGGCUUCCUGGAUAUGAUCACCGGCGGCGCAAAGCAAAAAGAAGGAAGCGUUGAAAUUUAA